AUGCUACUACCACAGAUAGCAGACGAACACGACGCCGACAUUCUGAUCCUGUGCGAGCCGUACAGGGUGCGACAAACGCAGAAUUGGAUUACGAACGAGACCAAGACAGCAGCUAUCUGGGUGAGGGGCGCCGCCCUAGCCCGUAUAACCGCUCGUGGCGUCGGGGACGACUACGUCUGGGCUAGGGUGGGCGCUGUCACUUACGUCAGCGUCUACCUGACCCCAAACUGCGCUGCGGCGGAGUUCCGGGCGAAGGUUGCGCUUCUCGAGGACGGACUCAGGGACCUGCCCGGGGACCUCGUGGUCGCGGGGGACCUCAACGCGAGGGCGGUCGAGUGGGGCAUGACGGCAACGAACAGACGCGGACGGCUGCUGCUGGAGGUGGCCUCAAGGCUGGACCUAGUGGUGGCAAAUACAGGAGACGUACCAACGUACAGACGGCCGGGAUUUGGAGACUCCAUCCCGGACGUAACGAUGACGACGGACAGAACUCUGCCACGAAUAGGGCGGUGGCGGGUGCUCGCGGGCUACACGCCAGCGAUCAUCAGUACAUCGCCUUCGAAGUGGCAGGAGAGACAAGAACGACACGGACGAGGACCCGGCACCCCCCGCGGUGGAACGUAG